AUGUCGGAGAUCCUGUGCCAGUGGCUCAACCAGGAUUUGAGGGUGUCCCGGACCGUGAGUCCCAAGUCAUUUGCAAAGGCAUUUUCUAAUGGCUAUCUAAUUGGAGAAGUUCUGUUCAAGUUUGAACUUCAGAGUGAUUUUGCCGAAUUUUCAGAGAGCAGGGGGUCAACUGCCAAACUUAAUAAUUUCUCCCGAUUACAACCAACGCUUCACCUGCUGGGUGUGCAGUUUGAUCAGAAUGUGGCUCAAAGCAUCAUCACAGAGAAGCCCGGGGCAGCAACCAAACUUCUGUAUCAGUUGUACAUUGCUCUUCAGAAAAAGAAGAAAACAGGGCUGACUGGACUGGAGAUACAAACCAUGCAACCCCAAACAAACUUGAGGCUUCAGGCCCUCAAAAGUGAGGCUUUUCGAGAGCAACGCUUAAACAGGAGACGACAAAAUGAGAUAAUGGCCAAAAUCCAGGCAGCCAUUAUACAGAUCCCCAAGCCUGAAUCCAACCGAACUUUGAAAGCUAUCGAGGCUCAAAAACUGAUGAAAAAGAAACAGGAGGCAGAGGAUGUGGCCAAUGAGAUUAAGAAAUUUGAAGCACUAAUAAAAAAGGAUCUCCAAGCUAAAGAAAGUGUAUCCAAGACUUCUUUAGAAACAACAGACCAGACAACUGCAGAACUGCUCAACACUUAUUCAGAUGAUGACUACAUUAAAAAGAUCCAGAAACGCCUAGAAGAAGAUGCCUUUGCACGUGAGCAAAGGGAAAAAAGACGACGGAGAUUGUUGAUGGACCAGUUAAUAGCUCAUGAAGCACAGGAGGAGGCCUAUCGGGAAGAGCAGCUCAUUCACCGGCUAAUGCGCCAGUCCCAGCAGGAGCGCAGGAUUGCUGUGCAGCUCAUGCACGUUCGCCAUGAGAAGGAAGUUUUGUGGCAAAAUAGAAUUUUCAGAGAAAAACAAUUUGAAGAAAGGCGACUCAAGGACUUCCAGGAUGCCCUUGAUAGAGAAGCGGCUCUUGCCAAACAAGCGAAGAUUGAUUUUGCAGAGCAAACCUUGAGGGAGAAAGAAAUUCAUGAAAAGAUCUCUGUGGAAAGAGCACAAGAGCGUUAUGAGAAGCAUUAUGGAAUAUGUUCAGAGAUUUUGGACCAAAUACUUGAUUUGUGCACGAAGGUGGCAGACUAUAGGUUGCUGACAAAUAAUCUUAUUCCACAUAAGAUGAUGCAUGAUUGGAAAGAACUGUUUUUUAGUGGAAAUCCCAUAUAUGAACAGACUUCUCUUACACAUGGACAAACAGAAUCCACUGAUGAACGUAUAGAAUUGAAGAAAAGGAGCUUACUCGACAACAACGAUUAUGAAGACUAUAAGAACAUGGUUGGAGAGUGGGCCUUACCCGAGGAUAUGGUUAAUAGCUCACCACCUUCCAACAAUAACAUAUUGGGUCAUGUGCUUCUGAGAUUAAUUGAAAAAUCUGUUCCAUCUGAGGAUAAUUCUGCAGACACUGAAUUACCUUCAUUUGCUGUGAAGGGUUGUAUACUGGGGAAGACACUCAGUGGAAAAACUACUGUUCUAAAGUGUCUACAAAAUGAAUUCCCUAUUCGUGUGCUUUCUAUUGAUACUCUUGUCCAAGAGGCUAUCCAUGCAUUCAGCGAUGGAGAAAAAGACAGUAAGACAUCACCAACUCGCAAAUAUGUUAAAGGAGAUUCUAUAGUGGAAAUGAGCAAGGCAAGUAUGACUUCAGAUAAAACUGUUUUACCAGUUAGUCCAGGUCCAGGGGAAGCAACACCCCAAAAAGAAGGUGUCAAGGUUAAUGAAUUUGAACAAUUCAGACCAAGUGAUAACUUCUUAUCACUCAGCGUGCGAGCGCAACUUGGUGCAAAAUCAGAAAUGAUGCUUAGAAGAGGAAAGAGCAUUCCAGACAUACUGCUGGUUAACAUCCUGGUAAAUGCUAUUAAGGAGAUACCUGUGAACCAAAGCUGGGUUCUUGAUGGAUUUCCAAUGACAUUAAAUCAAGCCAAGCUCCUGGAGGAAGCACUUACAGGAUACAAAAGAAAAUCCCUACAGUUGAAGAAGAAGAAAGCACAAAUGCCCACAUUGGCCUUGGGCCCCACAACUUCCAAAGAGGUCACUUUAUUCCCAUCUGCAUUUGAUUUUGUCAUAUUACUAGAUAUUUCAGAUAACUCGUCGCUGGCUCGCUUUAAUGAUAUCAUAGUUAAAGAAAUCUCACAUGAAAUUUCUCAUGAAAAUGUUGGCCGUCCUGGAACUUGUACAACCCAAGAUAAGAGUGAGGACCAGAACUUAAGAGACCACAUACAACACAGAAUUGUUGGCUUCUUGGACAACUGGCCGUUGUUGGAAGAGUGGUUUACAGAGCCACAAAACAUUUUGACGAAAGUCAAUGCUGAAAUAGAUGAAAGGCUCUUAUGCCAAAAAGUAAAAGAAAUUUUUGCUACUGAAGCAGUAAAUAAAAAGAUUAAAGUUGAAAAGAAACUAGAAGAAAAGGAAACUGAGAAAAAAGCAGCAGCUUCCCUUGCUGAGUCUCAUACUCCAACCCCUCCCCUUUCUACUGAAGCAGAAAAAGACAAGGAGCUUCAUCUGGCAAAAACUUCUGGGAAAGGAAAGACACAAUCAGGUGAUUGA